GGAACUUCAGGAUUUUUGUCUUCAAAUGUAAAUAUUUUAUUUUUCUUGUGCAUGCAUGUAAAUAUGUUUGACCUUCAACCAGGUAUUUAUUCGGUGCUCAGAUGACGUUAAAGCACACCCUCUCGGUAAUAUUGCUUAAUUAAAAAAUUGUCACAUGGUUCACUGGAGAUCCAAGCAGGACGAAUCGCAGAGAGAGAGAGAGUCUGCACUGAGCAGAGCAUUUCUACUGAGAUCCUCAUCAGCAGGCAGCACCAGGAACAGAUAGGACAGAGGAGGAAUAUCUAUCUACUGCUAUGAGCUCAGUUCAUCAUAGGUAACCUAUGAAGGAAAACGGCUUUUUAAAAUCUGAACCAGAAUUUUUUGCAUUUUGGCCAUGCACAGAAGUAGACGCCAAAGAAGAAUUCAGUGGCCUCGGCCUCGGCCUCGGCAUCUGGGAGUGUCACCGGAAAUGCCUGACCUAGUUGCCCAUGCCACGGUUUGAGCUUGCUGUGUCUCGGGGGAGAGAGACGUCAGUUUGCGCUGUUCCCGUGAGUCGCAGUCUCCGAUCGAAUGGAUGGAGCCACGUCUUUUUUGUGUGCCCUUUAUGGGCAACGUUUUUCUGAACCGUGAAAUCUCCGUGAGUUGUAAACUACUGCUGGUGCUGUCAGUUACACUGAUGAGCAGAAACACCGAAGCCCUCCAGGUGAUUGGUGGACGCGCAACAGUGGUGAAAGGAGGAACCGCUAUCUUACCCUGCAUACUCAUUGAGACCUCAGAGACCCUGACUCAGAUUACAUGGCAGAGGAGAACCAGAGAAAAACCUAAAAAUGACAACUUCUACACAAUCCAAUUGGAUGGACCCCAAUAUGUGAAUGGUCCUGAUAAUCGAUUUGAGUUUAUUGGGAGUUUUUCUGACAAAAAUGGAUCUCUACAGUUGUCCAAUGUUCAAUUGAAGGAUGAAGGCAGCUACACGUGCAUCUUCACUUUGUUCCCCAGUGGAAAUCACAAGACAGAGAUACCUCUGAACAUGCUUGUGCCUCCAGUCACAAGCCUGAAGGGUGAUAAUUUAACUUUGGGUACUGGAGAAGUUUCUCUUGCUACCUGCACGGCUGCCGGCUCCAAGCCUCCUUCAGAGGUGACCUGGCUCACUGAUACCCUGGCAGUGAGGGUGACGACCAACUCCACCCAGCAUGACAACGAUACAACCACCACAACCAGCUCACUGUUUGGAGUCCCUACCACGGAAAUCAACAACCAGUUGGUUCAGUGUGUCAUCAGAACAACAGGCCUGCCUGAAGAACAAGUCCUGUCUUUGACCAUCCAAGUUCACUUCCCACCCAUGAACGUGACGAUUGUUCAACCUUCUGAAAACUCAUAUGAAUGUGUAGCCAACGCCAACCCAGAGGCACAUUUCGUCUGGAGCAGGUCUGGUCAGUCUUUGCCUAAGUCUGAUAUUAAAGUUCAGGGUGCAACUCUGCAGUUUGUGAGAAAGACCUCUGAUCUGAAUGGGCUCUAUCUGUGUGAAGCUGUCAACCUGUAUGGAAGAAAAGGUGGAGGUCAGCUCCACGUGUACAUGGAUUUUGGCUCCUGCACUGCUGCCUGGACCUUAUUUGGUCUUCUGCUUUCCCUGAACAUUGUAGCCUUCUUAGUGUGGUACUUUCAUGAUGCUCUAAUACAAAUACUUAAUACUCUACUAAGCAGACAAGGAGAAAGAAACGCUGUUCCAACAUCUUCAAGUGAUGAUAGAGGAGAAGAGGCAUCUCCGACGGCAGAUCACCGAGUUUGACAUCUGAAACACAUGUUAGAGUCAUCUGAUCUGUGAACAACUGGGCAACAUGGACAGGUGUUGUGUUUAAUAUCCAUGGUUUAUCUGGUGUCAUAUUAGAAAAAGAAACAAAUGUGUGAAGAAAAUAGAAAGGACAGGUGUAGAUGAGGGAAGUCUAGUAGACUGACUCAUACUCUCAUUGUUGAUCUCCAGUAGGAUGUGGCUUCUAAGGAAACAGUCUGUUCCACUUUUACCAACUGCUUUAACGGCAUUUAUGUUCAGAGCACGAAAUCUGUAUCCAACGUUUUAACGACUCACAGCAGCAGAGGAUUAUGGUGAUAAAGAAGGGUGGAGCACAUCAUGAAUCAGACGUCAUAUAGUAUAGAUUGGGGAAAUCCUUGUUUGUCAGUGUUAAACGCCUGCUUGUUACAGACCUGGAGUCUGACAUUGAGGGUAUGUAGGUUUGGUUUUGUGUAGACCAUGGUAGUAUUACAGAUACUUGUUGUGAUCUUGACAGUAUAUAGUUCAUGUAAAGCUGUGGCUGCCUGCCUUUGGUAG